CAGAUCAAGAAAUUUUUUGUAAUCUCAAAAAAAAAUUUAAAAAGAACGAUUAAACGAUGCAUAAAUAUGCACUGAUUCCACUAAAACCACAGCCACAGCCUGUUAUCUUUGUGAAUUUCAGAUACUUAUACAAACUGUUUCUCAGAAAAUAGCAAUUUUGCUUAUCCUUGUAUUUUAAGUCAUUGAAAAAAAUCAUCAAUUUUUAUGUUUUAGAUAAAACUCGCCCCCAAAUUCCAUUGAAUUUGGUCCAUGGAAUUUCCGUUCCUAUUUUCUUAUCUUUAACACAAAUAUCAAAGGAUAAUGAACUAAUAAAGCUAAAAUAAACGAAUUAUUUGAUAGAGGCAUUGUUCAAUCAUAUAACACGAUUUAUUGAAAUCUUGUUAUUAUUACCCGUGUUCUAUUUAUCUGAGAUUUCAGCUAAUCUCAGUUAUUCUGAACAGUUGAUUGGUCAAUAGAUAAGAUUAACUAAGAUUCUAGGUGAAUAAAACAUGGUUUAUAAUUGACCAACUCUAAAGUCAUCGAAAAUUCCCAUAUCAGAUAAAAGGAAAGGCACUAACAAAUUAUUUUCUUACCCAUGUGCCGCUAUCUACUGUUCAAUAGCGCAAUCAGCUGCUUAAAAAUCGGUUGGAUCUGGCAAACACUCAAACAGCUGAUUGAUUCGUUUUACUACUUUUGGAACUUGGAACUCGGGUAUAAUUGUGUAAAAUGUAUUUGUUAGUAAUUACUCGGAUUGGGUCGAGUUUAUGUGCGUUAUUUGAAUUUUAUCGCCUUGAAAUAGCGAUACGGUAAAUAUGUUGUUGGCGGGUGCCCACACAAUUGAUAAAACACGCACAUCUAUAGUUCAGUAAAAGAUGACUGGAAGUACAUGGAGGGAGUUGUUCCCUUCAAAAUUAAGUUUGAUUAUAUUUGUCCUGUACAUCCUACUCUUCGUUAGCCAAGGUAUAUUGGUGACUGCUUCUCAAAAAUCAAAUAAUGAUUAUGACUAUAACAUUGUCACGGUGGUGCUGUUCACAGAAAUAUUAAAACUAGUCAUUUCAUCCCUUCUCUACUGCAGGGAGAACAAACCGAAGGAACUAGUAGUAGAUAUAGUGAAAAAUAAGACAGUAUUGUUGCUGUAUUUCGUACCUGCAUUUUUGUACUGCUUAUAUAAUAACUUGGCUUUUAUUAAUUUAUCCUCAUUCGACCCUACGACGUACUAUUUACUUCUACAAUUCAGAGUUGUCGUAACGGGAGUUUUGUUCCAAGUGAUAUUUAAAAAGGUCCUGAGCAAAAAGCAAUGGAUAUCCCUGUUGAUACUCACAACUGGGUGCAUGUUGAAGCAAGUGAACUUUACUCAGUCCGAGACACAGUCAAUCUCAAGCAACAAGUCGACGUCCGUUGAGUUUGGACUAAGCGGUGUGUUUAUCUUAGUCCAGAUCAUUUGUUCGUGUUUGGCGGGAGUGUACAACGAGUAUCUACUUAAAAAGCAGGGUGCCGACAUAAACAUCUUUGUGCAAAAUGUUUUCAUGUACUUGGAUUCGAUAAUCUGCAAUGUUCUUUUAUUAGCAUUGAACGGGAAUAUACUCAGUGCGUUUCUCUACGAGAACAUUGUUAAGAUUUUCCAUUACAAAGUAUUGUUCGUCAUGAUUAAUAACGCCGCGAUUGGGAUCGUGACCAGUUUUUUCUUAAAGACACUCAACUCCAUACUUAAAACAUUUGCUAGUGCGUUGGAACUUGUGUUAACCGCUAUAUUGAGUUACUUGUUUUUCAGUAUUCCUAUAUAUUUAAAUACGGUGCUUGCCAUUGUUACGGUGAUGUUUGCAAUUUACUUGUAUUCACAGAACCCCGUGCAGAAUCCUUCUAAGGUUACUCGAACCGUUGAACACGAGGGUCUCUUGAAAGCAGAGGACGUAUAAUAUUAAAUUCAAAAUUUGUUUAAAAAAAAAAUUGUUCCUUGAUGCUUGUUUUUAGAGCAGCAAUUAAGUCUAGUCGAGUGUACUCAGUACCAGUGAAAAUGUUGAAUAAAUCAUUUACAUUA